CUUUCUACCCCCUAUAAAUACAUUUGCUGAAUCCAUGGUUACAACCAUCACAAACUAAGCAUCUCUCAAGGAACAUUCUAGGAAAUCAAAGAACAUUCUGGGAAAGACAGCGAAACCAAGGAAUAGGUAACAUAAUCAAAUCAGAACAAUUUUUGCCGAAUAUGAAGCAGAUUCUGGCACAUGCUAGUGGAAUUCCAGUCAGCUCAUCGUUGGUGGCAUAUCCAAACAGAUUUUUUCUAGAGCCUGCUAGCGGCCAAUACCAUAUUCCUCCUUCAAAUGGGCCUCUAAAAUUAAAGCAGUAUAAAGUAGAUAGGAUGAACAAACUUGGAGGAAAAGCAGACAACCUUGAAAAUGGCAUACGAGAGCACGUGAGUUUGGGGCCCAAGAUAUCUGAAACUGUGAAGGGGAAACUGAACUUCGGGGCUAAAAUUAUUAGAGUAGGCGGUGUGGAGAAGAUUUUCAAGCACAAUUUCAGCAUUAGAGAAGGAGAGAAGUUGUCAAAGGCUUCCCAAUGCUAUUUAUCAACAACAGCUGGUCCAAUAGCAGGCCUCCUCUUCAUCUCCACCUACAAGGUCGCCUUCCGCAGUGAGAGAUCCAUCAAAUUGUCUUCUCCGAAUGGGCAGGCAGUAAUCCAUUACAAAGUCUCGAUCCCACUAAUAAAGAUAAAAAGAGCCAAUGGGAGCCGAGUAUUAGGGGAUGUAAAGAAGCCGAAUACUAUUCUUAGAGAAUCGAGAUAUAUACAUUGCAUUCGGCCCCGUCUUAUAUGAAUUCAGAGGUAUCCUAAUCGGUCAUAGAACCAGUUGAGCGAGGAGCCGAGUGGAGAUUGGUCUGCAACAGAAGGAGCCGAGUAAAUAAUUGCACAGUGGACUAAAAGUGGGCCCAACCCUGAGGCCCAGAGGAAAAUAUAAAUAGAGGAACAUCAACCAAAGAGAGGUAUGUGAGAACAAGUAAGCUUAACU